GCGGGGGAGGAGCCUGGCCGGGCAGGGGAGGAGCCUGUAGACGAGGAGGAGGGGUUGCUGAUGGCGAGGCUCCAGGACGCGGCUGAGGGUGAGCACUUUGUGGAGGCGGCUUUUCACAUCAUCAUGAAGGAGGCAGUCCGCAGGGGCACUGACGUCAACGAGAAGGUAUGUCAGUGGGUGGCCCCCGAGGAGCUCGAGUCGCUGCUGGAGUUGGAGCUGCCGGACACGGGGGAAUCUGAGGUCCGUCUCCUCCAGCAUUGUCGCCAGGUCAUCAGGUACAGCGUCAACACAGCUCAUCCUCGCUUCUUCAACCAGCUUUUUGCGGGUCUUGAUUAUCACGCGUUGGUCGGACGUUUCAUCACAGAAACGCUGAACACCAGCCAGUAUACCUAUGAGAUUUCACCUGUUUUCGUGUUGAUGGAAGAUGUUGUGUUGAAGAAGCUUCGCGAGCUGAUUGGAUGGAUGACAGGUGAUGGGAUAUUCUGUCCAGGUAAGUCCUGCCCCUGGAUGAUAAGCUGGGGAGGGGGGGCGUGGAGCUGGGCAGCCCCUCGGCACAAACCCACCUCGUGUUGCUAUCUCUCUCACUUUACAGGUGGCUCCAUGUCCAACAUGUUCGCCAUUAACCUGGCUAGGCACCGCCUCUACCCUCACGUCAAGCAGCGAGGUCUGUGGGUGGUGCCCAGGCUCGUCAUCUUCACGUCAGAGGAGGGUCAUUACUCACUGACCAAAGGAGCUGCCUUCCUUGGCCUGGGCACUGACAAUGUCUGGACAGUGAAAACCGAUGGCAGGGGGAGGAUGCUGGCUGCGGAGCUGGACGAGCAGAUACAAGCGGCAAAGUCUGAGGGCGCAGUCCCCCUGAUGGUCAGCGCCACGGCGGGAACCACCAUCCUGGGAGCCUUCGACCCUCUGGCUGAGAUCGCGGACGUUUGCCAACAACAUGGGGUCUGGCUCCAUGUGGACGCAGCGUGGGGGGGAGGAGCUCUCUUGUCAAAAAGACACCGUCACCUUCUGGCUGGUAUUGAGAGGGCCGACUCUGUGACCUGGAACCCUCACAAGAUGUUAAUGGCCGGGCUCCAGUGCUCAGCUUUCCUCCUGAAGGACCAAACCGACUUGCUGGGCAGUGCCCACGCCGCUGGUGCCCGCUACCUGUUCCAGACUGACCGCUGUUACCAGCCGCGCUAUGACACCGGGGACAGGUCAGUGCAGUGUGGCCGCCGGGUGGACUGUCUGAAGCUCUGGCUGAUGUGGAAAGCCAUCGGCACCCGUGGCCUGAGAGACAGGGUCAACCGCGCAUUUGCCUGCACCAGGUACUUGGUUGCUGAGAUGCACAAACGGGACGGAUUCCGUCUGCUGAUGGAGCCCCAAUUUGUCAAUGUUUGCUUCUGGUAUAUUCCGCCGUGUCUGCGAGGAGGAGAGGAGACGCCGGACUUCUGGCAACAGCUGGGCCGGGUGGCCCCGCUGGUGAAGCAGCGGAUGGUGGUGAAGGGCAGUAUGAUGGUAGGCUACCAGCCUCACGGCAAACAUGUCAAUUUCUUUCGGCAAAUCCUCAUCAGCCCCCAGGUUACCCGGGAAGACCUGGAUUUCUUCUUGGAUGAAAUUGAGCGUCUGGGGAGCGACUUCCAGCCCAUGUGACCCGGCUCCUCACGCUGGCUCUGCGUGUCGCUGGGGGUUGAAUGCACGUUGGGAGGUGUUAUCUUUGUUAGCUGUUUGGACACGAUUGACUUGACUUGUUCAUUGCGGAGCGGAGCAGCUCACCUGGGAACUAAACAUUUGGUGAACUGGCCAUCUCAACAGUUGUGUGCGGAGGCGAAGGGGUGAGAAGGGCUGUAUACGUGGGGUGGGGUGGGGGGAAACCUACUUGAUUUCAGCUGUGGGGGUCACUGUAACCGUGGAGACGAGAAUGAAGUCCUGACCCCAUCACAGGACGCCAGGUUUCUGAGGCCGGGGCUGGACAACAGUUGGAUGUUACAGAGAGAAAAUGCUGUUGAUUAAAAGAUUUGUUGUGAGAGA